AUGGAAAAAUUCCCUUGGAACACCGUGGACAUGUUCACUUUUAUGGUGAAUGACGCCGAGUGGUGGUUCGUGGAGCACUGCAGAACCUCCGAGAAGGGCUACGUUCCGUCCUCGUACGUCGCUGUAGCAGGUUCUCUGGAGGCGGAGGAGUGGUACAUACCAAGAAUCUCGCGGAAGGACUCUGAACGUCUUCUUCUGUUAAACAGCAACACUCCGGGCACCUUCAUGAUUCGCAACAGUGAAACGGCUCAGGAGUUGGGUCCUUCUAACCUCCUCUCCCAUGAGGAAGUAAGAAGGGGCUUUGGAAGUAAUUGGCGGGAGAUGGAGAUAGAGGAGGGCGAGGAGGACGGAAAGGAGUAA